AUGGCUUCCAUGUCGUUCGCGCAUAAAGCGUUCCACUGGUCGCUGCCUGGCUUCUCCCGCCCAAGCCUCGACAAGCACAUACCUGUCAAACCCCGCGGCGACAGCAACAACAGCAGUAACAAUGUGUCUGUCCCGUCCGUCGACGAUGGUCUGGCGACAGUCCUCGUGGGCCCCCAGAAGCGCCCCUUCAAAGUCAACAGGAGUCUGCUCUGCGCGACAUCCUCCUUCUUUGCCGAGCAACUCAACAGACCGUCUCACCACCGCCGCGAUGGUUCCCCCCGCUCCGUCUCGCUCUGGCUACCGGGCGAGCUGCCCUCCAUGUUCGCCCUGUUCGUCCAGUGGCUUCAUAACCCGCGCCACACCUUUCGUCGGAUGCUCGACGACGCCAUUGCCAUUGCGCAGGACGACAACGGCAUCCAGGGCCUCAACGACAUCCACUGGGCCAUGAUCCGCCUCCACCUCUUCGCCAGUCACCUCGGCAUCUACCACCUCCAGGACUCCGCCAUGGACGCCCUCCAAGAUCUCUACCUCAAGUGUGACUGGGACGUCACCCCAGGUCUCGUCUCCUACCUCUACACCAAGUGCGACGGCCUCGCCGCCGUGCGCCUGCGCCGCUGGGCCGUCGCCAUGGUCGCCUUCAGCCUCACCGGCAACACGGCCACCAGCGUGCCCUCGCCCAUACAGGAUUACCCAGACGAGGCCGGGUCCCACGUGUUCGACGCAGAGGACGACAUGGCAACGCAGUUCCAGUGCCUCAUCGACUCCGUCCCCGAGCUGCAGGACGACUACAGCGUGCACAUCCACAAGAUGACCACCUCGGGCCUGGACCUGCGCUUCAAGAACCCGCAGCUCCGUAUCCCGGCCAACAAGUUAUGCAACGACGAGCGCGCCUUUGGUUUCAGGGAGUGCUCCUUCCACUCGCAUCGCGCGACGGUCGGCGAGAAGCGGUGCCCGCACGAGAGGAAGAGGAAGAGGAGCAUCGUCGCGGAGGAUCCCGUCGUGCUGGCGGCGCAGCUGGCGGGGGCCAAGACGUUGACGACAAGCCCGCGUAUCGAGGAUGCCGUGCCGAGGCCGCUCUUUUCUCGAGAGGGCGGUGAUGCCGAGGAUCGCGAUAAGGCUGUGAAGCACGUCCGCUCCGUCUCGAGCACGCUGAGAACAUGA